AAGGUAAUUUCCUCAUUGUGAUUUCGCCAAUUCACAGUUUGUUUAUUGCUUUCCCUCUUUGAAAGGAAAACAGUUCAUAAGUUUAUUGAACAAAGUCAACAACAGUGGAAGAAGAGACGGAAAACAAAAGGCACAACAAAACGUCCGAAACGGAUUCUGCGCAGUUCGCAUGGCAACGGAAGUGCUCGAAAUAAAAUUCUAAUCGCAAUCACUACCAAAUAACACCAGCAACGAGCACCAUACGCAUUUCGUUAACAAUCCUGGAGCGCACUACGGACUCUGGCAGAGAUGUGGCCCGGCUCCGAGCGAGGCAGCUCGCGAGCCUUGGAGCUGCCCACCAGCCAACAGAACGCGGGCGGUAGUAGUCAGCAGGAGACACUGGCGGACAUUGAGCACAUAUCGACCAUAGCCGGUUCAUUGGCCUCCAUUGGCACAUUGUCGCACACACAGAUGCGCUAUUGCACAAAUGAUGCCGGCUAUGAUACGGAGCACACCUCGCUUAACUCCGAUUUUGAUGAGGCGGAGCUGCGCCGAGAGCUGCUAAGAGACAAAUGGAAACUUUUAUUUGAUAUGUUCGAUCCGGAGGGCUUUGGUGAAAUAUCUGUUAGCGAGUUUUUGGUUGCCCUGAGAUCGCCGGAGUUUGUUUCCCAAGUGCCUAUGAACAAGCGUGAACUGUUGCUGGAGCGUGCGAAGAAGGCCCAACUGCCCGUCGGACCUGGCUAUGUGACGUUCCAGGACUUUGUCAACGUGAUGAGCGGCAAGCGUUCGCGCAGCUUCAAAUGUGCGGUUCAUCAUCGAGAUCGUGAGGUUUGCUCUGAGAACGACUUUCAGCUGGUGAUAAGUGAGCCGCCGCUCUUUAAAAAGAUGGUCCAUGCGGUGGCUAUGGAGGUACUGCCGGAGGAGCGCGAUCGUAAAUAUUAUGCAGAUCGCUACACAUGCUGCCCGCCGCCCUUUUUCAUUAUAUUGAUCACAAUCGUAGAGCUGGGCUUCUUUGUGUAUCACACCUUGGCCACGGGAGAGGCGGCGCCAACGGGUCCCAUACCCAGUGAUUCCAUGUUCAUUUAUCGUCCCGAUAAGCGACACGAGAUCUGGCGCUUUAUUCUAUAUAUGGUGUUGCAUGCUGGCUGGUUCCAUUUGGGAUUCAACGUGGCCGUUCAGCUGCUCUUCGGUUUGCCCCUGGAGAUGGUGCAUGGAUCGUCGCGCAUCGCCUGCAUCUACUUCUCGGGCGUGCUGGCUGGCUCGCUGGGCACCAGCAUCUUUGAUCCCGAGGUGUUUCUCGUUGGCGCCAGUGGCGGCGUUUAUGCACUGCUGGCAGCGCAUCUGGCCAAUGUGCUCCUUAACUACCAUCAGAUGCGUUACGGCGUGCUACGUUUGGCAUUUAUAUUGAUUUUCGCCUCUUUCGACUUUGGCUUUGCCAUUUAUGCUCGCUAUGCUGGCGAGGACCUGCCACCUGGGCAGCUGGCCGUGAGUCCAGCGGCUGUCUCCUACGUGGCCCAUUUGGCUGGCGCAGUGGCAGGCUUGACCAUCGGAUUGCUUGUACUAAAGAACUUUGAGCAGAAGCUGCACGAGCAACUGCUCUGGUGGAUCGCAUUGGGAACCUACACAGCGCUUGUUGUGUUCGCCGUCGCUUUCAAUGUGCUAAAUGGAGUCACUUUGUUUAAUAUGCGCGUGGAGAAGAUCAGGUUCACCCAAACCUACUUUAAUGACUUCCAGGUGUAACUGGAAAUCAAGUUCAAAAUCGAUUUUUGUUGAAGUUUUUUGUUAUUCGGUUUAUUCGUUUUCCAACUGGACAGUGAAUAAGUUUAUAGUUUACAAGUUAUGUUUUUUUUUUUUUCGUGAUUUUUUUUCCUCUGUUUCUUUGUAAAUUCAUUUAUUGCGUGCAAUAUACGUACAGACAUUCCGACAUA